GAGCAGCAGAGGACGAAGCAACUUAAACUCAGGCUGAAAAAGGAGUGAAAACUGAAACGCCAUUGAACAGGGUUUAAUCAAAUCCGCCAUUGACAAUGUUAAUGAGGUCUCGCUCUGAAAGAAGACCCCUGCCUGGCUUCUCAGCCUUGCUGUCACCUAGCACCCCAAGGCGGAGGGACAUGACCUCCUCAUCCUCCCUAUCCAUUACCCCACGGGAGUCCAUCUUUUUACCCACGCCUCUCGCGUCACCGCCUGCAUGGGUGACACAGGCACUUUCCAACUUGGAGCGAGGGGGGCAGGAACUCCGGAGCCUCCGGGAGCGACAGCAGUCCGAAGUGGAGGAGGUAAACCGGGAACUGGACAAUGCUUCCAUUGAGGCUCAGCGGGAGGAGCGGCGACUUCUUGAAAAGGUUGAGCAGGACCACAGGGAAGCUCAGCGAUGCAUCAGUCAGGUGAAGAGGGAGAAUGCUGCAGCUGUGAGAGUUGUCCAGUCACUUGUUGAUCAGCAGCUUAGAAAAAUUGAGCAACUAGAGGAACAGAUUAAAAGAUGGGGCAGGUCUGCCAGUGGAUCCAACAGAAAUCAGCUCCAGAGAGGUGUGGCAGAGGUCACACAACCAUGGGAAAUCUCUUUAACAUUAAAAAGGGUCACUUUCUUAGCAACCCCUCAGUCCAAGCCUGUAGGUUUUGGGGAAGUGGACAUUCAAGAGCAGGGCAUGACCUACCCAAUGGGUGUUUGUGGUGUCCAGGGGCAGAGGUGUUCCUUGCACUCGGGUGACACAAUAUUUUCAAAAAGAACCCCUCUUGACAUCCGAAAGGAGGCACAGCCAAACCGAAGUGGGCAAAGAAGUAGCCCAGAGGACAAAAACAAGAGCAGCAAUGGUAAUGGCCGCAUUGUCCGGAAACUUCAUCUGUCAAGCUCUACAGAGAAUGAGGAAGAGGUCAAGCCUCCAAAGUCUCCCCAACCAAGACAUCGUGGUCUGUCUGAGUCUUCCCAAGAUGAAGAGAUGGAAUCUGUAUGUUCAGACACGCAGGGACAAGACAUUUUCCUUGCUCUUCCACCAGCCUCCAGUCAAGGAGAAUCAGACGGGGAUGACUCUGAUGGCAGACACAGUGGACCAAACAAGCACCACACAGGGAAAGGUAAAAGGAGGCACAAGGCCAUUGUCUUGGUCUCAUGUGAAGAACCUUCUUGUCCUCUUGAGGAAACUGAUGGAAAAAACAAGGAUGCAACAACAUCUCCACAAACCAGACACAAAGGUUCCCUGUCUAGGCACAGUCUUGAAAAUCUGUCCACAAGACACCUUACUCUUGUACAAUGUCCCUCGAAGAAGAACUCAAAUCAAUCAUCAAAGGACAGUGGAAGCCCUCCGUCGCCAGUGGGAAGUGAGGAUUCCUCUUACACCUUCACUGUUAAUGCUUCUCUGAAUGGGUCUCUCAAGCAGGAGUUCUGCCGUUCAGUGUCUACUGCUGAUCUCUCUGGGAAACCACACCCUUUGCUUAAUAUUGCUAAAACUGAGCGCAGAGAAAUCAGAAAGAUCAACCGAAUGCGCCUUGCUGAACCUUCAGCGUUUGAACAACGCCAUGGAAACAACAUGGAAUCUAAUGAAAGACAGUCAAGAUCUCAAACUCGCAUAACACAGGGUGAAGGCGUAACCCGUGUGAGUAGAUCUCUAUCCAUGUCGGCUAUUGAAGGUGACACAUUACAUCAAGACAAGGAACCAGAGGGAUACACCAAGGACACCAAUGUGAAGAUUGGACCAGCUUUGAGGGACCUUGAAAAAGAAGGAGCUUUGGCUGCACUUAAUUCAGCUUCUCUGGUCAAACAGUUCGGAAAACAAGGAUCAGGCCGCGCCGACUUCAACCUGCCAAGUGGAGUGCAUGCAACUCUCAGAGGGCAGCUAUUUGUGGUGGAUUGCGGUAAUGCCCGAAUCCAGGUGACAGAUCUCCAAAGAAACAUUGUACAGCAGGUUUCUCCCUCCGGAUCAGAAAGAUCUUCCAAAAUCUGCAACUACUUUGACGUGGCUGUGAACUCAAAGGGCCUCAUCGCCUUGACAUGUGCUGCAGAGCGAGCUAUGUUGGUGUUCAACCGCCAUGGACGCCUCUUGCAAACAUUUGGAGGGACAAUUAUCGGUUCCACCAAUGAUGAGCUGGAUGCACCCAGAGGGGUCACUGUUACAUGCAAGGAUGAUUUCUUAGUUGCUGACAUCAAGCGUGGCACCUUAACUGCCCUCAAACUGGACCCCAAAAGUGGGGUUAGGUUAGAGCGCACAGUAGUUACCGGGUUCCACAGACCCUACCUGGUGGCGGCCUGUCCCACUUCCGGGCUCAUGGCUGUAUCAGAACGAGGUAACGAAUCUGGCCGUGUAGCAUGCAUCCGCGUCCUAGAGCCCAGCUGGAACACUAUCCGGAUUUUGGGAGUGUGCUCCGGCAUGGGGCCGGUCCUGACCUGCCCCUGGGGCCUUUGUAUCGACAGCGAUGGGGAUGUCUUGGUGGCAGAUUGGGGAAAGCAGCGCCACUGUGUUCUUAUCUAUCCAUCCAAGGGUGUUGGCUGGCCUCUGGUGAGCAGCAAUCUGAGCAGCCCACGGGGUCUGGCGCUCCUCCCUGACGGCCAUGUGGUUGUAUCAGACAGCAUGAACCACUGCAUUAAAAUAUAUCGCUACAAGUGA